CUGGAUCCGAAGUUAGGGGAGUUUUUACGUGCGAUUUUAGGCCUUACAGAAGUGAACGAGUUAGGGGAUCAAGCCUCUACGGUGUAUGCGAUUCGUGGUGGAAAGAUCAGAAAUAGAAAUAGCAACGAGGUCAGCGACGAGCAGGAAGAUACAAUGGGAAAUGGAAACGGAGGAGGUCAAGGUUAUGGCACGACUCGAAUAAUUUGCGUAUUUUUUCAUCUAGUGGCACGACUACCACUAGUCGUGCAACAUGUUUACUUGCUUCUGCAUUUUUACUUAAUCGAAAAGCGAAAUAAAUACCCGAGUUAGUUACUGAAAUAAGAGAGGGAGCUUAGGGCUAUUCUUCCUUUAGGAUUCUCGGUUAUUCACAUCUUCAGUUACUUGGUUCUUUCAUGUUCAGUUUUUCGAAUAGGAAUGAUCGUCGUUUCAAGUACCACUUCCCAGCGUUGAAGCUGCUCAACCGUAUUCUAGUUCCCCCUCUAAAAAGAACAAACAGGGAAGCCCGAAGCUUUGCCGUCUACGUUUGACUUGAUCUACUCCUAUGGCGUGCUCCAUCACACCGGUGAUUUGUCACUGGCCUUACAACACGCGAUACCUUUGACAAAAGUUGAGGGCGGCCGGUGUUUUGUAGCCUUAUACAACCAGAGACUGUGGCCUCAUGCGCGAGAUAGAGACUGGCUCGACAUCAAAGAAGAAUACCUGGGGAGCAGACCAUGGCGCAAACAACUCUUAUUAUGACCAUGGGGAAAUUCUAAUUCAUCUCCAGCAAGUCCAAGGCGACCGGAAAAAUUAUUGGCGACGUUGUUUUGAUUCAUCUCCAGCAAGUCCAAAGGGACCGGAAAAAUUAGUGCAGGAAGUAUCCCUUUCACCUCUGAGAUGAACUACUUCGUCCUACACGACCUCAUCUAACGUGAGAGCUAUCCUAUCUCUUAACCGACGUUUUCAAACAACUACGCUCGGAGAUUGAUCGCUUUGACUCUGUUGGCGCAAAGUUAGGACGCGGAAUGUCGGUUCCCUCAGCGUUAGCAGACUCAUGGGUUCCGCAGGAUUUAGAACGCGUCUUAACUUAAGGCUCGAAAAUAUAGCUCAUUGAGGAUUUCCUACAGCAACCGGUUGCCGGAUCUCAUUUACUUCGUCGGGGGGAUCUCAUUUUCUUCGGCUCUUUCCUUCGUCUGCGGAUCGUUCCGAAGAAAUCCAUGACUUCAGGGACACGGAGUUACUAUCUUGUCUUGCCAUUAUAGUGGUAUACGAUGAUGCCCUGACCAACAAAGACGCAUGAUGAUCUUGAAGGGACCACUUGUUUUGAGCUCUAAUAAACGCGUCAGCAUAAGCAGGUGCCAGAUAUCAUGCUCGGCGACAACAAAGGAAGACACUUGUUUCCUAACUUCGAAGUAGAGGUAGAGAAAGACAAAGAGGACUCACUAGGUGAGGACGAGACCACGGAGCGCUCCUCCACUUCCACGACUUCUUUUAAGGGUUGGCUGUUGUGCCUUAAAGAUGUUGAUUUAUCUCUCGACGUCGACCACGCAUCUUCAUCCCUAAAAAGUAUGUUGAGUGAGUAUUUGACUCCAGACUCCUGAUACUCUUCGAGGAGGAAGCGGAUUCAGUUACUUUCCGGUACUCUUUCAGUGAAAGAUGAAUUUUGGUUAGGUCGUCUCACUCUAAUUCUACUCCCAGAACCACCACAAAGCAAGAACACGAGCGUCUGGUGGCUUUCGAUGAGAUGCCAGACCGGUUCCAGCAGAAGUUCAUGCGAGAUUUCCUGUAUCAGAAAUUCAACUCCGGAGCAUUGGGACGUGGAAUGUCCUACCUGAUCGAAGUACGUGACAACUUGGGAGGCUAUCCGGUGGAAUAUUUAUGAAGUCCGGUUGGACUAUUUCUAUCGAAUAGUUCUCUCUAACUCAGUUGAAGAUACUUCUAAUACUGAAGAUCAUGAGUACAACAAGUGUCGCCUCUAACUCCCAGCCACGGUGCUCACCUCACCGAACUCUUGCGAAGGAUGUGCUCUUCGUGCAAGGUUGUCAAGAUGGAUGACGUAGCGACAACCGGAUACCUGAUCACGCUUACCGCGUUAGAUGUGGAGCCUAGGGACGUGAUGCGCGACGAUGAAACAGAGAACCCAGUUCUAGUGCCUGUUCGGUUCGGAGGCAAAUCAUCAGACCUCCACUUUCAGGACGAUGACUACUAUGAAGGGGAGAAUGUUGGAGAAGGAGAUGUAGAAGGUGAAAAUGGAGCUCCUGCAAAACGGCGAUCCUUGACUCCAGAAGUUAGGGCUCUUGAUAAUCAUCAUUAAUUUACAGAUUUCUCUCCACACGAUCCAUCAGAAGUAGAAGGUCAUGAUCGUCAUCUCUUUCAGAUAAUCUGUACGAGUUCCAUCUUAAAAAGAGGAAACUGUCUACUUAAAAAACUUUCCUCCUCAAGAACAACUACAACAACAAAACUAGAUAAGUCUACUCUGUCUCUAAACAAGAAGAAGAAGCAAGGAGCAAAAGACAAGAAAUUCGAAAAAAGCUCACGGUUUUUCCAGGCAGCCCGGAUACCAUUUUCACUGGUUGUUACGGCCUUUCCCGUACAAAGGCAGACCGGUCGGAAGCAGAUUUGGCUCAGUUCACACAAGGAGGCGUACGAGUGGAAUACGAGAACAAGAAUUUUCGUACUAGAAGAAGGCACUCUACUACUGCCUCUCCAGAUGCAACAGCUUCAACAUCCAGAUCCACAACACCACUAUUAGGGGUUCCCACAUUGCAAUCUGCACUACCAUCCCUGACUCUUUGCUCAGUAAGAAAGAAGUCAGGGAUGAUCUGAAAACCAUCUAACACUAGGAGUAGUACCGCUUUCAACGUGUUCCGCCACAGAGAAUAGUCGUUCCUGUUACGGAUUGUGGCGUUUACGGCGUGCAGUGACUUUACCAGGACAAAGCGUUUUGCCUCUAGAGCUUUUUUUAGAAGCACAAAGCGAACCGCUAGUGGGUGCCAAGAGCUUUCUGAGGACAGCACAAAGGGCUGUAGGACGUGAAUUAGCACUCUGGGCGUUGGAGAGUUUGCUUAGCUCAGAAGAUGAAGAUACUAGUCUCACUAGUCAAGAUACUAGUCUUAGCGAAGGCGAAGGGCUGAAAAAACACCAGGAGGAUACCACUGGUGGAUCUGUGACAACUCCUCGCGCUAUUGAUGUAGCACGUUCGCGCCGGUUUCGUCCUUUACUAGUAGAAAACGAAAAGAGCCGAACUUCAUUUGAGAAAUCGGGUUUAGAAGUAGAUGAUAGUGUAGAGGAAGCUACUUCCGGAGGAGGUUUCCGAAAUCGGAACUUAUUCCUACGUCUCUACAGUAUGUUAGCAGGAAGACAUUUCGACUCUUCAACAGAUAAAGCUCCAACUUCUACUUCGCCUUCUAGUAAAAUAACUGCAGAAGAAGAAGAAGAAGAAGAAGAGGAGAACCAGAACGCUAUAUUAUCCCUUUCUUCCCUCUCACCCGCUCGUUUUGAUCUUACGUUCCUGGCAGAAGCGAUUCAAAUGUACUACUCCGAAUCAGUCGCGCUGUCUUUCGACCAAACUGCACGUCGAGCGGCAGGCGAACGAGCAAGGAAAUAUUAUCAGAAGUUAAGUAUUUGAGGAGACUUCUGUUAGUUUGGAUAAAUUAGGUUUAGGGCUACGCAACAAGACAAAAAAUACUAAUAAUGAACAAGAACAGCUGGUAUGGUAGUUGAUGUUGCAUCAAAUUCUUGUCACUGGAUACAUCAGAGGCUCCGAUCAAGAUCAUGCAACCAGAAGAUAUACCAUUUCUCAAAAAGAAAAAUGAAUCAAGAAUGACAAAGACAAGUACAAGUAGCUAGAUUUAAGUACACAAUAUGGCCAUCUACCACUCAUAAGCGUAAAUACGACCAUAACCAUUCGUAUCGGAUAUUAUCCCCUCCAAUUAUCUCGUCGUCUCUCCUAAUGGGUAUCAACCCUGUUUUCCCUCAUCUCUAAUCCCUCGCCUCAUGGGCAUAAACCCUUUUUUUCAGGCUUCGGCGGCCUUUUCUCCAGUGGCUGAAAACAUAGUUCAGCAUCUCAGUGUGCACUACAAGACUCAGUCCAAGGGUUCCUCGGCUUACCAACGACCUUCGAGGUUGGAAAUGGAAGCCCAUGUAAAAAGCUUUUUUGAUGGUGGUGGAGGUGGUGGAGGAGGAGACGCGAAAAGUGACUCAGUG